AUGAGGAUAUUUAAAGGGGCUGAUCAGCACUUUUUGGACAUAAAUAUAGAUACCAUCAAGGAUUACAGUUACUUUGUCCCCGUAGAAACAUCUUGUAAAGCACUUAGCGUCCUCGCGGAUCUAGUGGCAAAGAAGGAUUCAGAAAGUCACAAAUUACAUGGUCAUUACAAACACAAGCAUCAGGGGGACACCAUAGAAAAUGGAAAAAUAUCAAGUUUGUCCUGGCACGCUGGGUAUGCGCAUGCAGAAUGCCAGGGCUUUGAUGCACCAGAAGUAUACGCAAUUACAUCAAAUGAAGAUGGCAGCACACGUGAUGGAGAAGACAAUUUGCUCAUCUACGCGAAUAUGCAGCAGAAAUUGCAGUUGGUGGGGAGGAACCUGACUGGCCUCAGUAAGGUUACCUUCACAACUCACGGUGCCAGCCAGCCCGGGUCGCCCUGUAACGAGUAUGACCAGUCGGACACGUAUCAGGUUUCAGAAGCUAGUACUGAUGGCCGUUAUGCUGCAGUGACAGUAAAUCUUCGCUCCUUCGGGACAGGGGAGAAGUAUUACUACAUCUGUACAAAGGGUCAGCAGAUAGGAAGCUGCUGGUACCACCAGGGAGAAAAUGGUCUAUCUCGCAUCAUAGUGCAUGUGAAGGAGGAGGAGAAGACACUGCUGCCAUUGUGGAUACAGAUCUGCCUCAUUUCCUUACUGCUGGUUCUCUCUGGUCUCUUUAGUGGUCUCAAUCUUGGAUUGAUGGCCCUCGACAAAACAGAACUGAAAAUUAUAGAAAAAUGUGGUUCUAAAGAUGAAAAAAGUUAUGCAAAAAAGAUCAACCCAGUUAGGAAGCGUGGUAACUUCCUCCUUUGCACACUGUUGUUAGGGAAUGUCCUUGUCAACAAUACACUUACAAUAUUACUAGAUGAUGUGAGUAACGGUCUGUAUGCAGUGAUAGGGGCCACACUUGGCAUUGUGAUAUUUGGAGAGAUCAUUCCACAGGCUAUCUGUUCUCGACAUGGACUGGCUGUGGGAGCUCGGACUAUCUGGCUUACACGUCUCUUCAUGCUUAUCACAUUUCCAUUAUCAUUUCCUAUAAGUCUUAUAUUGGAUAAAAUUCUGGGAGAAGAAAUUGGUCAGGUGUAUGACCGUGAAAAAUUGUCAGAACUUGUCAGAGUGACUAAAGAUUUUAAUGACCUCCGUAAAGAGGAGGUGGAUAUUAUAGAAGGUGCACUAGAAUUGACAAGAAAACCUGUAAAAGAUAUUAUGACCAAAAUUGAGGAUGUGUAUAUGUUGGAUUAUUUAUCUCUUCUAGAUUUUGAGACAGUGACAGAAAUUAUGAAGCGGGGCUACACCCGUAUUCCAGUGUAUGAUGGCGAUAAAAGUAAUAUUGUUGCUUUACUUAACAUCAAGGAUCUUGCCUUAGUGGAUCCUGAUGAUAAAACACCGUUGAAAACUGUCAUCAAGUUCUUCCAGCACCCGCUUGUUUUUGUGUUUGAUGACCAGAAACUGGACCAAAUGCUGCAAGAUUUCAGGAAAGGACAUUCUCACAUGGCCAUUGUAAGACGUGUAAACAAUGAAGGCGAAGGGGACCCAUUUUAUGAGACACUAGGUGUUGUCACCCUUGAAGAUGUCAUUGAGGAGAUCAUCCAAGGGGAGAUAAUUGAUGAAACGGACACACUUACUGACAACAGACAGAAGGCACCUAGAAAGUUAUUAAGACAGGACUUCAGCAUAUUCAACACACCUGAUGAUCACAACAAGGCUUUUAUCUCACCUCAGCUUUCCCUUGCAGCAUUUCGCUUCCUUUCUACAUCUGUGGAUCUGUUUCAUGAGGACCUGAUUUCAGAAAACGUAUUGAAGCGUCUUCUGCAGCAGAACAUUGUUGAGGAGUACCAGCCUAACUUGAAUGAUAGCGAUUCUUUCAAAUAUUUGUACCAGGAUGGAGUUCCAUGUGACUACUUUAUACUGAUACUUCAAGGACAUGUGGAAGUGAACGUAGGAUUUGAGAAGAUGUGUUUUACCGGGGGACCAUUUUCUUUCUAUGGAGUCCAGGCUUUGGAUGUUGCAGAGGGGGCCUUUGUCCCAGACAGUAACACAGAUAGUGUGUAUGUGAAGACUAAACCAUACAUUCCUGACUUCACCAUCCGAGCGGUCUCACCUUUGCUCUUCAUUAAGAUAGGACGAGGGCACUACAUCGCUGCACGUCGGGCUACAUUAAUGGGAAGAUCCAAGAACAAACUGGCAAAUGCAGAAGAUGAAACAUUCAAUAAAGAAUGGAAAAAAGCCACAUUGAUUUCCCAUGCUAGCUCCUCUGAUAACAUGCUUCGUCACAGCUCCCCUGAUAUCUCUAAACCUUCUAUAACCAUCAGCGAGGCUAGUCGCACUGUCAGCUCUGGCAUGUCAAACUCCAAACUGUCGCAUACAGACAGUAAGGAUUCGGGAUGGAGUUUUCCUUCGACUGAUGAAAAAACGGGAGCUUGCAAAGACCAUGAUGUCAAGAUUGAUGUCAAGGUAACUUCAGAAGAGGACAACGAGGACCCCCAAUGUUGUCCAUCGGAUGAACAGACAUACUUAAUUGAUUCUAAGAAUGAUGUUGUAAGCUAA